AUGGCGGUCACAAUGAUUCACAGCCCGAGACUUCUGAUUCUGGACGAGCCCACAGUUGGCGUCGAUUCGCUGAUUCGGUGCCGCAUUUGGACAUAUUUGGAGAAUAUAUCCAAAAAUGACGGAGUGACAAUAAUAGUGACCACGCAUUACAUUGAAGAGGCCAAGAGUGCUGCAUAUGUGGGCUUUGUUAGCAAUGGUUAUCUAUUGUCACAGUCGACGCCCCAACAGCUCCUCAAUCAAUAUCGGGUGAAGACUUUGGAAGAGGUCUACUAUAAGCUGGCGAUCAUAAGGCGUCGCUCCAGACGUAUGUCACUCAACCCAUUGCUCUUCAAUGACGCGAAGGACGCCCAGGAGGUCGAGACCGAGAACCAAAAGUUUGACUACAGGGGCCGUAACGACGGCUUUAUAAACAUAGGUCGGAUGUCAGCCCUCUUGUGGAGAAAUUAUAUCAAACUGACCCGAAAUCCACUGAUGGUUAUCUGCUUUUACGCCUUAUCAGCACUUAUAGUCACAUUGAUGUCACUUGUCUUCACUCAGAAUUUUGAAAACAUUCCGAUCGCCAUAUAUAACGGCGAGAGACCCCCGGAGUUGAGCGAACUGUUCCUGAAGCACAUCGACGACCGCAAAAUUCAGGCCACACUUUACGACAGUUACGAGAGAGCCGUCCAAUCGGUGAUCGACGGCCAGAAUCUAAUGUCAUUGGAUUUUUCGGCCAAUUUUUCGGCCGGAGUUGAGGAGCGCUUUCAAUCGCCGCAAGACGUGUCCGAACAGGCGAUCCUCGAUAGCCAAGUGAAGAUUACUGUCGACAUGUCCCGACCCAUUGUGGCCGGAGUUACCGAUUUGGCACUUUUGAGGACAUUAAACGCUUUCAUUAAGGAGUACAGUGUGUCCCUCGACUACAACCCGUUAUCAUUUUCGAUGCCGUUUGAUUUAAACGCCUCUUACUAUUCGUUUAAGCCAUCGUUUAAAGAUUUUAUACGGGGCCCUUACGACAACCGCGCAUUGGAUGUGCUCUUAAUGCUCAUCGUUCAGGGCAUGCAUGGGAUGGUCUUCGGUAUGAUCUUAUCGCUCGCCGUAUCCAACGAUUACAACGUUAUCGGCAUGCAUGGGAUGGUCUUCGGUAUGAUCUUAUCGCUCGCCGUAUCCAACGAUUACAACGUUAUCAUGGUGAUGGCACUGACCACUUUGCCCUUAUGGAUGGUGUCGGGCCUUUUAUGGCCGUUAGAGUCGCUGAGUGACCUUGCGCACAUAUCGAUAGGUCUUCAAGUGCUGGAUCAGUCUCUCUUUGGCAUUGCCAUCACCGGUGGCCGAGUUGAGCACAAUACGACCAUGGGCUAUUAG